UGAGUGUAACACCAACAGACUUCAGUCAAAGGAACCUUCCAAGCAACUCAUAUAAAACUUCUGGUAGCUUUAAAUUAACUAGUUGCUCACCUGGAAAGAUACUGCUAUUGUUUCUUUCAGCACACAUGGAGGAAGGCAACAAACUUUGUAACCCUGGCUAAUAAGACUGUGUUUUUCUUAUUAAAAGUAGGAGGUAGGCCAACUGUAAAAGGAUUAUUUUAUACUUAGCCUGCAGGACUUUACCUCUGCCUGAACACUGGACAUAAACUGGAGCCAAUUUUAAUGACCUGAGAUUUUGCUACCUGUGCUUUAUUAUUGUUAUCAGUUCUUUAACACUUUAGUUCUUUAUUUCUUUAAAUUAGAAAUGGGUUUCUGGACUAGAAUGUGGCCCAGAGACUGGGCUGUUCUCAUAAAAUCAUGGCUUAUCUUUUCCCUGGGGCUCUACAUGCAGGUCUCUAAAACUGUGGCUUGUCCAAAAGUGUGCCGCUGUGACCGAAACUUUGUCUACUGUAAUGAGCGAAGCCUGACCUCAGUGCCUCUUGGGAUACCAGAGGGUGUAACCGUCCUCUACCUCCACAAUAACCAAAUUAAUAAUGCUGGAUUUCCUGCAGAGUUGCACAAUGUUCAGUCUGUGCACACAGUCUACCUGUAUGGCAACCAGUUGGAUGAAUUCCCCAUGAACCUGCCCAAGAAUGUCAGGGUUCUCCACCUGCAGGAAAACAACAUUCAGACCAUAUCUCGGGCUGCCCUUGCUCAGCUAUUGAAGCUGGAAGAACUGCACCUGGAUGACAACUCCAUCUCCACUGUUGGGGUUGAGGAUGGGGCAUUCCGAGAAGCCAUCAGCCUCAAGCUUCUGUUCUUGUCCAAGAAUCACUUAAGCAGCGUACCAGUAGGCCUUCCAGUGGACUUACAAGAACUUCGAGUAGAUGAAAACCGCAUUGCUGUCAUUUCAGACCUGGCUUUCCAGAAUCUUACAAGUUUGGAGCGUCUGAUUGUGGAUGGCAAUCUCCUUACUAAUAAAGGCAUAGCUGAAGGCACCUUCAGCCACCUCUCCAAGCUCAAGGAAUUCUCAAUAGUGCGGAAUUCACUGACCUACCCUCCUCCUGAUCUUCCAGGUACACAUCUGCUAAGGCUCUACUUGCAGGACAACCAGAUAACCCAUAUACCACUUACAGCCUUUUCAAAACUCCAUAAACUGGAACGUCUUGAUAUUUCCAACAAUCAGCUUCGGAUGUUGGUAAAGGGGGUAUUUGAUAAUCUCCACAACCUAAGACAACUCACUGUAAGGAAUAAUCCCUGGUUGUGUGACUGCAGUAUAAAGUGGGUCACUGAAUGGCUCAAAUUUAUUCCUUCUUCCAUCAAUGUACGGGGUUUUAUGUGCCAGCGACCAGAACAGGUCCGAGGUAUGGCAGUCAGGGAACUCAAUAUGAAUAUGUUGUCAUGCCCCACCACCACUCCUGGUCUGCCACUUAUCAUCACCCCAGUCCCAGCUACAGCCAAGCCAACUACAUUAGUUUCCCCCUCAUCCAUUCCUCCUCCAAGCAGCAGGUAUCCUCUGACUCCCACCAUAGUCACACUCCCCACUGUGCCUGACAGGGAGGACAGAGAAAGGGUGACACCUCCUAUAUCUGAACGGAUUCAACUCUCUAUCCAUUUUGUGAAUGACACUUGCAUCCAGGUUAACUGGAUAUCUCUUUUUACCGUGAUGGCAUAUAAACUCACAUGGGUUAAAAUGGGCCAUAGUCUGGUAGGAGGAAUUGUUCAGGAGCGUAUAGUUAGUGGUGAGAAGCAACACUUGAGCUUGGUAAAUCUGGAGCCCAAAUCCACGUAUCGGAUUUGCUUGGUUCCACUGGAUGCUUAUAAUAAUUACCGAACAGGAGAAGACACUGUCUGUUCAGAAGCCACAACCAAGGCUUCCUUUUUGAACAAUGGCAGCAACAUCCCCUCCAGCCAUGAGCAGACAACUUCUCAGAACUUGGGCUCCCCAUUUCUGCUGGCAGGGUUGAUUGGGGGUGCAGUGAUAUUUGUCCUCGUGGUCCUGCUCAGCAUUUUUUGCUGGCACAUGCACAAAAAGGGUCGUUACACCUCCCAGAAGUGGAAAUACAACCGGGGCCGUCGGAAAGAUGACUACUGUGAGGCAGGGACCAAGAAGGACAACUCCAUCCUGGAGAUGACGGAAACCAGCUUCCAGAUCGUCUCCUUAAAUAACGAUCAGCUCCUUAAAGGAGAUUUCAGACUGCAGCCCAUAUAUACCCCAAACGGGGGCAUUAACUACACAGACUGCCAUAUCCCCAACAACAUGCGAUACUGCAACAGCAAUGUCUCAGACCUGGAGCACUGUCAUACGUGAUAGUGUGGGGAGAUGGGGGUGUCUAGGACAAAGAGAAAAAACUCUGGAAAAAGUAACACCCCCCCAACAACAAUGAAAAAAUUACAUUUGAUAAAUGUUACACAGAUGCAUUUAUGCAUUUGAAUACUCUGUAAUUUAUACGGUGUACUAUAUAAUGGGAUUUAAAAAGUGCUAUCUUUUCUAUUUCAAGUUAAUUGCAAAUGGUUUUGUAACUCUUUGCUUUUUAAAUCUUUAAAAAAUAUUGCUAAGUACUGUACAGGGUUGUACAACAAGAACCUAAUGUCAUGGCAAAUGAAAGAUUGACUCAUUCUUCAAACAUUAACCACUUUGCUGUCGAAGCUGUCUGAAGGAUGUUAAGUUCCUAGGUGUCCUGUAGUACAGGAAAAUAAGUGCAUAUUAAAACAGGGUCACUAGGAACAGCCAAAAGCAAUUCAGAUAAAAUGGGUACAACCUUUUUGACUCAAAUCUAGCAGUUGCUGUUCAACUUCAAACAAUUUAAAGUACUUCUGUUCCCUUUUGUCAAUUCUGUAUUUCCUACCUCCAACUCAAAGCUGGAGUUCUGACUGCUACCAAAAAAGGUUACUUCUUGUAUGAUUGUUUUUCCCCAAUAUGCUUGGAAUAGGAAAGGUAGACAGAACUCAGUGUCAAACUCAAAGUGACCUUGAAUCCUAUUUGCAAAAGCUAUUCUGAAAAUGUCCCCCAGUACCAUAUACUUUUAUGUUAGAAACUGUUCCUGCUUUUCAUUAUGAUUAAGAGGCUUUAGGCAUUCUUUGACCCAUCUCAAUGAGAGAUGAAGGUUAUCAGUAUGUAACAGAUAGUUGUCAUUAGGUUGCACCUCUCUUUAAUAAAGCAGCAUUUGUUGACACACCAUGUUCAGGUGAAACCUGAAAGAGAGAAAUUCUAAGAACUCCCAACUCCGCAGUAUUCAUGUAGAAUUUGCAGUCUAGAAGUGUAAAUUUUGAAAAUAUGUUGCAAAAUAUAGUGCCAAUAGAAAGGUUGCCAUUGACUUUUAUGGUUCAAGCUCUGUUUGAUUUAGAGGUCUGAGUUAUGUUCAGUAUGAAGUAAGAAAAACAAACACACAUAAAAAAAAAAAAAAAAGAUAAAUGAGAAAUAUAUGUAUUUUUAAUUUUUAAUCUUUAUUUAUUACUGGAAAGGCCAUCAAGCCUAUUGUGAACUGAACUACAUCCAGCAGAGAAAAUCAUGUAUAAAUUAGUUUUUUUUUCAUUUUUUUUUUUUUUUCUGUUCAACUGAACAGAGAUGGACACUAAAUAAGGAAUUUUUAGAACAUAAGUACACUCUGUCGCUCCAAAUUACCCUUCUUUUAUGUUUAGCUUUUUGGAAGUUUUCCACAAUGAUAUGUGCUUUAAAAUCAGAAGGUGGGCUUAGAAUUUUAUUCCCUCAAAUUCUUUAGCUGGAAUCACUUCUAAGUGAUGUACCAUGUGAAAAACCAUGGUUGUAUUAAAACCAUGAUGCUGAUCUCAAAAUUAUACAAUCUUCCAGCAACUUUACUAAAUCUGUGACUGCCAAGAACUCUGAAUUUCUUGCCAGCUCAGUGGUGGAAUUAAUUUUUUUUCCCCCUUUUUUUUUUUUAGCUUACUUUCUCCUGAACGUGGGGGCAAGGAAAAGUUUGCAAAAAAAGAGGAAAAAAGCUAGUUUUUUUUUUGUUGUUGUUGUUUGCUUGUUUGUUUGUUUGUAGGGAGUAGGGAACCAAAGAGAAAACUUUAUACAGUGACCAAGUGACCAACUAGGGAUGAGAAGUUGUUAGAAGUGGAUUGACAGUAAAAGCUGGAGCACUUUCACUGUGCAGACUUUUUACUUUAUAAGGCUGCUUAUGUUGGGAGAGAGGGUUUUAAUCCUUUCCUUUGGUCAUUUCCUUAACUCAUACUUGAAAUCCAGCAGUCUGUGAGUGUGCAGUUUCUCAAAUUCAAAUUGUAUGAUAACACUCAUUUUCUGCAAAAACACAAUGGAUCUAGUUAUGGUCAAUGGCAAAGUACAAUCACUAUAUAAAGAACUGCAUCCUCCCCCCAGCACCUUUUAGAAUCACAAUUUGAAAUUCCAGUCUAUAUUCUGUAUAUUUGCUAUUUUCUCCAGCUAUAACAGGUAUCUUAGGCAACCUGUGUGGCUACUGUAAUAGUAAAGUCACUUAAAUUUUGCUGAAUAAAAGGCUGCCAUAUGAUUUCCAAUGGUGUAAUUAUAGGUAGAGACGUCUAUGCAAAGUCUUUUAUCUGUGACCUAUUUGCUCUAGAUUAUGAUGGGAAGGUUGAUACUUUGUUUUGUUCAUUUAAGGUGUUUUAGCUGCCAAAGCCCACAAGACAAGGAGCAGAUAGUUGUGCUUCUACACGCUUCCAUGCCGGAUACAUAAAAGUUUUUUUGAGAUUAAGUAGAGGCAGAGAGUCCCAUCGGGUGUGGAUGUAACAUUUAAUUUCACUGAAAUAACUAGCUAUAUGUUUGAUUUCAAAGGCAUCCUUUGAAUGUAUGCACAUACUAGCAUUUCAUAUUUCAAUGACUGAUGCUGGAGGAAUCUUUCUACUCCUUUGGACAUCUUCUGUUCUAGGCCUCAGGAUACCAUGGUUUUAAGAUGAGUUAGGCGCCUUAUUUGUAGCAAAUCUCUUAUUCAGGGAGUUCAGCUGUACUCUAAGUGAAAGAUCCAUGAGCCCAAACUGAAGGCAACAAAUGUGGUUAUUGAUCUAAUAAGGUAAAAACAGAAGGCAUUCACAAACUGUUUGGGUUAAUCUCAGAUGACAAAAUGUAUAUAUAUAUAUAUAUGUUUGGAGUAUUACUGACUUACCUAGAUAAAAAAUCAAAAUGAUAUUAAAGACAGCAUAGUUUAUGCUUCUUUUUGGUAUGAAGAAAAAGAUAUAUUUUUUUUAUGUGAUAUUGACAAAAUUUCUUUUAAAUAAGUACACUUCUGAAAAAAAAAGUAAAAAGCCACUUAUGCCAAAAUUCCUGGAUAGAACUGGGAGUAUUAUUUAAACAAAUUCACAGCAGUAGUCAACCAAAAGAUCAUAUGUUGCAUUUGAAGAAUGUUUCUUCUAAUUCUAUUUGCUACCCAGCUGCAGAAGAUUUUAUGUAUUUCAACCUACAGCAGAGUUUGGGAUUUUUCAAAGUGUCAGUCACACAGACAACUGAAGCUUGGUUUCAAAACAUAUCUAGACAAAUAGGUCAUGGGCAGUUUUCACUAGAUUUUUUUUUUUUUUAAAAGAAAAAGUUUAAAAAUGGACAAUGAUCUUUGGUGAUACAAAUUUUAAUAAUUGUCUUUUUCCUAGUGCUUAUGAACAUGGGGUCAUCUUCACUUGGUACAAAUAUCUGACCACAAAUAACUAAAGAGAACUAUAGAGCAGUAGUCCUCAAUGAAUGCAUAUACAACUAAUUAGAAACCCCAAAAAUCUAGGUCCUGAUUUGCAAGGUUUCAUUGAACCUGGGGACAAAUGAAUGGUUUACAUACAACAUAUCUUAUAUCAUCCAUUGUACGCUGCUAAUAGCUGACAUAAAUGUUAAUAGCUGAUAAGAUUGGUGAGUGGAAUAAAAUAAGAGUCUAAGUGAAAUUAUUUUAAACUGGUAUCACAACACUGCUUUGUCCAGUGCAAUGGUUCCUUCUGAAGACUUACUUAUUUACAACCCGGUCUUUGUUUUCACAUAUUCUGUCACUUCCUUGCAUGUAGCUUGUUAGCAGAAACAAACACCUAAUGGAUGCACGGACUUUUGGUUUUUACUGGAGACACUGUUAUUGAAUUUAUUCAUAAGAAUAUUUAGGCAUAGAGUUACUUUUGAAUGAAAAUAUAUUAGCAUUUUUUUUUCUGUAAGCCAAUAAAGAAAUACAAUGGAUGUGAUGAUAAAAGAAAAAUGCAAUAGAUUAUGCUAUUUGCUACUAGAACAGAUCAACUAUAUUUUUCUCUCAAUCAUUUUCUCUUUUCAUGAGAGAAAAUUACUCCCUCUAAAAAAAAUAUUGAUUUAAUUUUGCAAGCAAAAGUACUUAUGCAUAUUGUAUUGUUGUUAUGAUGUUAAGGGUCUACAUAAGGCACUUUAUUGAUGACAUUGAAAUGAAAGUUCAGGCUCAGCUUUUGACAGUGAAGUGGUUAACUGCCAUUAAAUUCUCCAUUUAUAGUACUUUUUCAACUUAAAUUAUAACAUAGAAAUAUUAAAGCUUUUUUUUUUCUUUUUUCUUUUUUCUUUUUUUUUUCCUUUAAAGAGAAUAAUGGUUUUAGUCAUAAUUUAUCUUUCUAGCUCAGUGGAAUAACAAACAACAACAACAACAAAAGAAUGUGCCACAACCAAAUGUUACUGGCUCUGAGUCUCAUCAAAUACUGCCUGAUGACCUCUUCUAAACACAAAGAUAAUCAUAUGAAGCUGAAGAACACUCCUUCCCUGAACUCUGCUGAGCAGGGCACUCUGUAUCCCACAUGAUACUACAGGCAAUAUUGAAGCAUUUGGCAUUAAAUUUUGUACAACAUAGAAUGUGUUGAUCUUUAAAAGGACACUGGCUAGUGGUCCAUCUGGAAAACUAGUCCGAAAGGGAUCUGGCUGGGGCUCUGUGGAAGUGUGCCUCAUGAGAGCUGAGUUCUGAUCCUCUCAGAAAUGUAAGCUACUAAAUAAUGUCAUGUCACUUGGUCCCAAAUAUCUGAAGAUCUUUCAUAAAAUUAAUUUUAACUGAGACAUGCACACUUGAUUCUGUUCUGUGUUUGGUAUAUUUUCUAUCUUUAACAUGGAAAAAUAGAUUAUUUGAAGUCUGCAUUAUCUAUUUUCUGCAAUCUGCCAUGUUGCACGCAUUGUUAACUUCGAAAUCUCACUAUACACUAUAUAUUAUCUUCUUGACAUAUUCAGUAAAGAGUUAUUUAAAAAAAUACAACAAUCCUACUGUAUUUAUAUGAACAAGUUAAUUAAAAUAAGGAUGUGAACAUCUGAGAAGGAAAACAGAAAAAUAUCAACUUCUGUACUUUCAGUCCUGGAAAUAUUUUCAAAUAUUUUACUAUAUGUCCACCUUCUCUUCAGAUUCUAAAGGAAAAAUAUUUUUAGUCUUCUAUCUGUCAAAGAGUUAAACCAUUUGUUAAUUCAAUUGUUCAGAUUUAAUCUUAUGUUUAUAAGAUAUUUAUUUUGAUAUGCAUAUAGGAAAGCACUGUAAAACAAGAACAGAUUGUAAUCCAGUGUUUGAAGUUAGUAGAUACACUUAAGCAACUACACACAUCUAUAACAAAUAUAUACGUGGAAGCUGUGACCCCUUAUAUGCGUAGUCAUUCGAAAAAUGCAUUUGACAUUCACCCUUGACAAUCUUAAACCCACGUUUUACCUAUUUAAACUUUCCUUGAAAUGAAAUGUGAUUUUUUUUUUUUUCCCAAUUCUCCCUUCAAAAUUGUUCUUGACUUUUCAGAAUGCACAACAUUAAGACAUAAGCCUUAAUAAAUUUUUGUAUAUGUUAUACCUAACAUAUAUGGUAAUAUAUACAGUAUGUAUGAAAAGAUGCUAUAGGUACUUGGGAAUGAAAAUUCUCCUUAAUCUAGUUACAUAUACAGGAACUAUUUUUUAGCAUUGACAGAACCUGAAAUAUUGAAUGUUACAAGCUAUGUCAUUUCAAAGUUUAGAACUGUAAUACUGCUGAGUGUCAAAAUUCCUCUGUAAAUUGUCUCAUUCUCUGUCUUAACCCUGAAUGCCAUGGAAAACUACAAUAGCUGCUGUGCAAUACAUCCAGAUCUACACCACUCUCUCCUCCCCUUACUAUGCUUCCCUGAACUUGGUGUUCCCUUGGAGACAGAUUAGACCCUGGUACCUAAGUUAACUUCUUGUUUUACCAUGGGAAGGUGGAGAAUAGAUGUAAUAGAAAUAUAAAUACUGUUGACUAUUUUGGUAUUCUGGCAAAAAAUAAUUGCAUCAUCAUUUUCAAGCAAUGGUUUUGUUUUCUUUGUCUCAAAAAACCUGAAAAACAUGGACUACUUCAUCAGAUAAUCUGAUAAUAGUCCUCAGUGAUUUAUCUUAGUAGAGACCAAUAUUUACAUUUAUUUAGUUGUAAGCUUAGUUUUCUGUAGCUGCACACAUAUAUGUGUGUGUAUAUAAGUUCCCAGGGCUUUCUACAGAGGGUUUAGCUACAAGGAACUCUCAAAUCAAGCAUGUGAAAGAGUAUUUUUCAACAUGUUUCAGUCAACAUUUUUCACUAUCUCAUUUUAAAUAGGAUGCUUCUCUGUAAGAAAAGUUAUGGUGCCAUAAGGAGAGACUACAUUCAGUCAUUAAAGUAUGAAAUGAAUAUUUUAAUUCUGUCUGAAGUACCAAUGUCAAAAAGGCUCAAAUUAAGAACCACUAAAAAUUCUAUUGCGCAGGUAGGUAAUAUUUUAACAAUAAUUUAUAUUCUUAAAUUAGUACAGUGUUAUGGUGAACUCCUUGCCCCAUUAAUUUCAACUAUAAAUUUGGAUAUUUAUAGGAAUAUUUCAGCAGGAUUAUUGAAAAAAAAACAGUAUGCUAUAUUGUAUAACGUCACACUGUAUCCUCGUGUGAAAUACAUCUACCAAGCAAGACAGAAGACCUAUGCAUCACAUUAUAAGUUUGCUAUCUCUUUUGAAUGAAAUACAAAUACUUCAUAGAAAAUGAGACAGGAGAGAAAUAUAUACUGCACAACGUUGCCCACUCCAAAGCCACACAAAGUAUAGACUUUAAAAUUCCCAAAUAGGCUAAUGAGCAUAGCAAGGAUGUUCUUUUACAUACAGACAUAUUUUCUGUUUAAAACUCCAUAUGCUAGCUAACAUGUGUGAUUACAAAAAUGCAUGUGUGAGUUUAUAUUAUAGUUACACUUUUCUGGGGGCGUCUCAUAUAGAAUAAGUACAAUCUUGCCUCUCUGAAAUUGGUCCAUUACUUACCUUAUUCAUACGCAGAAGUGAUGAAGUCCAAAGUCAUGCUCAUUACACUAUCCUGGUUUUCUAAGCACAGUAUGCCUUGAAGAAUGAAGACACAUAAACUAUUAUGGAAAAUCCAACUCAUACAAACUGUUGUGUUUACAACUUGAAUAUGCUCUGUGCAAAAGCAAGACAUCUCUGAAUAAUCAUCAAAGUGUUAAGGUGAACAUAACUAUUCUUGAAAAGCAUAAUUACCAGAGAGAUUUCAAUAAAAUGCUGUAUUACUCAAGUGAAAUCAAUAUUUCAACUUCUAGAAGCUUUGAACAGGUGAUCUUACAGAUAAAUAAAAUUCUUUUUGAAGACUGGAAAAAUAUACCUAAAGAGUGGAAUAACCUAAUUUUUAUACUUUGAAACAGGCUACUGAUGAAGGAAAAAGGAAUUUCGUCCAGUGAAGAUGAAAUAUAGUAGUAAUGAUGGAUAGAAUACAGAGAUACUUCUCUUUAUUUUUAUAGCUAUACAUUUGUAACAUAACUUUAUUAUUAUUAUUAUUUAAUUUCCUUUGCAAUUUUCAGAUCAUUUAGGCCCACUUCUAAAACAUAUACAAUAUUUCAAAACAAUGAAAUUCUCAGAAAUACCUGUGAUACCUUUCAAUGAAUAGAAUUAAGAAAAUGCAAUAAAUUUAUUAUUUACAGGAAAUGCACAAUAC